AUGAACGGCAACAUGAACGGCAACAUGAACGGCAACAUGAAUGGCGAUAGGCAUCAUCCCGAAGGGUCGGUGGUGAUCAUCGGUGCCGGGACUCAGGGGAGACGGCUGGCUUAUAUGUGGUCAAGAAGGGGAGGACCCGUUUCUCUUAUUGAUCUCCAAGAGCAACAACUCAAGGAUGGGUUAAAGUACGUACAGAAACUGCGAACGGAAGCGAAUGACCUUCCGGGGUCUUGGGGCGAGGUUAGGAUUUCUCACCCGUCCUCGCUGGGAUCCGUGCUGAAAGAUGCGUGGCUAGUCAUCGAGUGCGUGCCCGAGAGACUGCCGCUUAAGCAAGAGGUCAUUACCCAGAUCGAUUACCUUGCUCCAGAGAAGGUGGUAAUUGCCUCGAAUUCCAGCAGCUAUGGAAUCGGUGAGAUUCUCGUUGGACUCAACUUGAAGCACAAGAAUCGAGUUUUGAGUGCGCACUGCUACUGGCCUCCGGAGACGACGGCUAUCGAGAUCAUGGGUCACGACGAGACCGAUGAGUCGCUCAUCUCACUGGUAUUGGACCAAUGCAGAGUCCAUGGAUUCUCUCCAUUUCAUGUGAGACAAAAUUCGAUUGGUUACAUCUACAAUAGAAUCUGGGCUGCGAUCAAGCGAGAAACCCUGCUCGCACUCUCUGAGGGCGUAUGCACGCCCCAGGAAGUCGAUGCGAUUUUCAAAGAUGUCUUGAAAUCUCCAAAGGGGCCGUGUGAGAUGAUGGACGUUGUUGGUUUGGAUGUCGUACUUGAUAUCGAGAACCACUACGCUAACACACGAAGCGGGGUCCCGAUUGAGCCGCGAGAUUAUCUCCGAAAGAUGAUCAAGAAGGGAGGCCUAGGCGUAAAGAGCGGCCAUGGAUUCUAUGAUUAUAAGGAUACGGACGGAGAGAUUCGCUCUUGA